ACUCCGGACCCGAUUAACUCCGGACCCGAUUAACUCCGGACCCGAUAAACUACGGAUGCGAUUAAUUAUCCUUUUAAAAUAGUUAUUUGUUGAUGUUAGACAUUUCCCUUCCUGAUCGGCUCGUUAUUUUCUAGCAGUGACUUUAAUCCGUUUGUUCUUCAUGAAUCUGUUGAGCUGUGAUGUCAUAAAACCUUGUGUGAUGUCACGGCUGAAACUCUCUGCUUUCAGGAAGAAUCCUGUCCACCGGAAGCAGUUCAGACACCCAGAGCGACCCGCCCCCCGCCCCGCCGCCACGAGACCCCCCAACGACGACCCCGACGACGACCCCGACGACGACAGCUUCAUCAGCGACGACUCGGGCGACGACUCGGACUACGAGCCGCAGGACGACCUGCAGCGGCAGAGGGAGGCGAAGGCCUUCCAGAGGAGGAGGAGAUAGAGGAGGAAGAUCAGGUCACAUGACCUGUCUGGCUGAAACUCUGAUCAACAGCCUGACGACAGGAAACACUAAAGGAGGAGGAUUUUCAAAUUAAAAGCUUUAGGUGUGGAGCCGGCAGCAGCUGGAACCAGAAAAGGGAAAUGUUUUUAUUUAUGUUUCUGCUUUUUGAUGCUUUUAAUGUGAAAACAUCAGGAAAUGUUAAACAAAAAUC